CACAGGCCAGCCCUGGGAAACUGUCAAAAAUACAGGAAAAACAGUGCCAGACGUUCACAGUUUAAAGCGCCAGCAAUGCCUGUUUUGAUGUACAGAAACAUAUGCAAGAAAAAACUCUAGUGGAUGUACGUCUCAGCUUAAAGCCAGAAUGAUUAUUACACUUCUCCAGUUGCUGUCAAUCACAUGCUAAAAGGAUGCUAUUCAGUUCAAGACUGACCCUUCUCUUGAGCUCGAUCUUUGCACACAUCAGUUCCCAGUCCUGCAGGUGCAAGACUUUACCGUCCCGAGGUCUGAGGGUGAACUGCAGCUCGCAGGGCCUGAGAACCGUCCCUCGUCUUCCUGCAGAAAUCACAGAACUCCUGCUGCAGAACAACCUCCUCACCACCGUAACUCCUGGGCAUUUAGACCAGCUCCACCACCUGCAGCUGGUCAACUUAUCCGGGAACCCCUUCCACUGCGACUGCAGCAUCCAGUACUUAAGACAAUGGCUACAGAGGAAUAAAGCCAUCUCUGUGAUGCCGGUGUGUGCCAGUCCUGCAGAACUAGCCCAAAGGUCCAUCGAUGAGCUCACUGAUGCUGAUUUCGAGUCUUAUGUAUCUGAUCACUGCUUUGGGGAAGGGGAGCUGAGACACAGGGAAAGGAAGCGACUAAAGGAAAUGAGGAUGCACAAAUAAGAAAUGAGAAGUACUUUCUUUCACCUGGAGGAAGUGUUUAGGUGUGGAAUGCUACUAUGCACUCAGUACUGCUUUUGAUACUAUUGACCACAACACUGUAUUUAUCUGACUGUAUUUAUAAUUGUAGUUAUCACUUUGAAGUAAUAAACGAAGAGGUGUCAUAUCAAUCACAAGAUCAGCAUGGAGUGCCACAAGGCUCAGUACUAGGAUUGCUGCUGUUCACCUUGUACAUGCAACAGUUUUGGAGAUAUCAUUAAGAAACAUGGAGCUGGUUUUCAUUGUUACGCUGACGAGACAAGGUUUCAUAUUUCCUCUAGGCCAGAUUAAACCUGCCAAUUCAUAAAGCUAAUGCAAUGCAGUUGAUAAUAAACACUAGAUGACUUGUAACUUACAACUGCUUUAAAAUGUCCAUCAUGUGUUUUAAUUUGCAUGCAACAAAGAAUUUGGUUUGAUGCACCGGUUUCUGUGAAGAUGAAUGUCAGAUGUUUGCUAAAUGUUCUGUUUUCCCACAGGAAUGGCAUACAGCUGUAGCUGACGGACAUGCUGGCUGUGUUGGCUCAGCAACAUGAACAUAAAGGCUGCUGUCACAAGUUUGCCACAGGCCUUUAUCAUUUUAUCCUGCAGCGGGUGUUUCAUUGUGAUGCCUCUGUACAGUCCAUACCUGUGAUGUAUCUAAAAUAAUCUAAUUUUCUAAGAAUAUUCUAAGAAGAUAAUCUCAAAUUUCUGCUGCACUUAAGGUUCCUA